AUGCCUGUGUUUUCACUGGGCCCUGGUGGUAUUACCACUAAGCUUCCCUCCAGUUCAAAAUUCCAGCAGAAAAAGAGACGAGAAGAACCGCAGAAGCCAAAAGAGUAUUCUACAACAUUAGUACCACAUGAUGCUGCGGCGUGGAAAGUGGCUCUGCAGGCCGGGAUCGAUCCCAAUACGAUAUGGACGGAGCAAGACUUAAAGCAAGAAUGGCUCGAACAAAAGUACAGAUGGUAUAGCUGGAAUACUCCAAUCCAUCUGACCCUAUUCUUGGAAAAUUAUACUUCUGCCGAACUCCUCUUAAAUUCCGGCGCUAAUAUCAAUCUGUGUAACGCGUUGGGUAGAACUGCAUUAAUGGAAGCCGUUCACAACCAUCAGUAUAAGACGGUGGAAUUCUUGAUCGUACAUGGCGCUGAUCUGAACGCUCCAGUUGUUGAUGGAACAUUUCAAGAGACGACUUACUGGGAUACACAUGAAAAAAUCGAAGUGAAUACUCUUCCAAUUUACGAAGCCAUACGCUUUGCAGAUGCGCGCAUGGUACAGAAGCUGGUCAAAGGUGGCUCCGAUGUGAAUUCUGCCUCAAGGGAAGGUUGGAUGCUUUUGGAUAUGGCGCUGCUGGACAAACAGGGUCCUACGAUAGAUGUACUUCUCAAACACGGCGGCCACUUUUCUAGUACAGCCCGCCAUGCGUUGCAUUUUCGUGACGAGUUCCGUGCCAUGGCACGCAACUUGUUUUCUGCAUCGACUCAACGGGAGCUGUUCCCUUCUCAGGAUCUGCUGGAAGUGUACUGGUGGGUUAUGUCAACACCAGACAUCCAGGAAAUCUUGAAUGGUCGGGAUAUAGAUACAUCCCUUACAAGUCGCCGACUCAUCAAGAGCUUCUUUAACACACUCUGUGAGAUUGCCCAGGUAGAAGACCUACAAGCAAAAGAAAAGCCUUUCUGCUCCCAAUGCGUUGCAUUUCAAUCAUGGGCUUGUCCAGCAUACGAAACAAAAUCCGACGAUCACGGUGCUGUCAUAUAUGGUGACUGUUCGGUGUUUGAGCUCUAUUCUAUGCGAGAUCAAUUGGAAGAGUCAUCUCGUCUUGGCUGUCCGCUUUGCAGUAUGAUAGCCGAUGGCAUUGAUAAGGAAGAGAGCUAUCAACGCCGCUGGCUAGGUGAGAAGGGUGAUAUGGAAGUCAAAAAAUUCGACGCGGAAGUAGUCGGAAAAGUAUCCCUUGAGCUUAUCCGUCCAGGAAGUUCAUUUUACAUGCUGCGCAUAUUGAUGGGGUCUUCUCUCAACUUCGUUCUUCACUUAACCCAUUUAGACGGUGAGUAA